AUGGCUAAUUCAAAGGUCCCUUCUAUCCCCAGCUGGCAGCUAGCUGCGAACCGCAACGCCGAAGAAACCCAAGCUUCCUCGAGCGUGGAGAAGCAGUCGAGUCCAUCGACAGACAAGACUUUACUUGAGCAAGCUUCACAGUUUCUGCAAGAUGAAUCGAUAAAGGAUGCACCGAUAGACAAGAAAAUUGCGUUUCUUGAGUCCAAGGGUUUGGAAAAUGACGAUAUCCAAAAGCUCCUGGGGACUUCUAGAAAUACAGAUGCGACAUCAAGCAAAGAGGACGAGUCUUCCUCAUCCAGUUCGAACCAAGAGGCGUCAUCAAGUCCUUCCGAAAUCCACUCUAAGGGUGCAUCUAAUGCCCUGUCAUCGACGCAGCAACAACCCUCCGUACCCGCCCGUGACAUCCCUCCUAUCAUAACUUAUCCUGAAUUCCUCACGAACGCUCCAAAACCACCACCACUCGUAAACCUACGAACACUUCUAUAUACUCUAUACGGUGCUGCAGGCCUCGCAUCAACCAUGUAUGGUGCGAGUGAAUUUCUUAUCAAACCUAUGAUCGCCUCCCUCACGGAUGCACGGCAAGAACUCGCACAGACAGCGCAACGGAAUCUCGAGACUCUGAACGAAAAGUUGGAAAAGAGCGUCUCUACUAUACCGCUCGCGGCAAUGAAAUCUGGAAAACCCGCGUCAUCUCAAGAGAAAGAAGAAGGGGACACAGACUCAAUCACUUCGGACCCCACCGAGCUUUUCCACCGUGACAUCGCGACCCAAACAAGCCCAGAACUCGAGAACCCUCCGAACUUGCCCUCCACAUCCGCAGAAUCAAUUAUAAUCUCAGAAUCCCAAAAGGCACUAGACUCCCAUGUCUCCCGUCUCAAAUCCAUAUCCUCCCAGCUUAACGACAUCCUCUACGAAGAAAAACAAGCAGACGUCUCCCACGUCGACGCUCGAGAUCGUAUCGCCGAUUUGCAGGGCUACCUUGAUAGCUUGGCCUACAGUUCACCCUCGUAUCUAAGCUCACCACUAUACGGCGCAUACGGCGACGAUUCAAAGGAUGGUAAAUCAGGUAUCUCGAAUGGAGAAGCAGAUGCAAUCGCCGCCUUUAGAGCAGAAGUGAGAAGCGCCAAGGGUGUGUUACUGAGCGCGAGAAACUUCCCGGCUGGAGUACGCGGAGGAGUUCGUAUGGGCACUAGGAGCACGACAUCGUAG